AUGCAUAUUAGGAACACAUCGAAAAAUCCACAAUUUCUACCUUCAAGGCCGUCUCCAUUAUCAUCCACAGAUGACGUAGGCUCGUACAACAGGAAAACAACUCCGCAUCAUGUUUCGAUAUCGCUGGUGUCUUCAUCGAGUUCGGCAGGCUCUAGCAGUGACAUGUCUCCGUACAACCCCUCCGAACCCUCAUCUAUAAUAUCGCACGAAAGUAGGCAGCGAUAUAUACGGCAACAAAUGGAGAAGGAAAAUGAGCACCGAAAGAACGAAUAUGGCGAUGAAGAGGAGGAAGGGGAGGAAGAGGAAGAGGGAGAAGAUGCUCACAUCGAAAUUGAAAGGGACAUAGAUGAAGAUGAGGACGACGCCGAUUCACUUUCAGUUGCAUCACCGCCUAUAUCCAGCACUUCAAUAACACCCUCUCCAAUGAUAUCUCCAAUACCUUCCAGAUCCCAAUCGCCCAUGUCUUAUUCGACCAAUUUUGAUACCAACUCUGCAAAUGCUGGGUCGCCAUCAUCUCACACAGAAGCAACAGAUGAACUGCUGACCGUAGCUAAUGUCGCAUCCAAUCGAAAGAAGAUCAUACUAUCCCCUUCACCUUCUUCAAACUAUACGAAAUCGGUCCCACCAGGGUUCUUCAACAAGCUUCGUUCGUUCCCUCUUUUCAAACAUGCUCCAAAAUCAUUUCACACUAGAAUAGUGUCCAAAUUGAAACUUAUACAACAUCACGCUCAAGAUUUCAUCAUUAAAAAGGGAGAUCCAGCAAGGUCUAUGUAUUGGAUUCUCAAGGGGAAUGUGGCAGUAACAUCCACAGAUGGUGAGUCCAUUUACGCCGAAUUGAUUCCUGGUGCAUUCUUUGGAGAAAUCGGGAUCCUUUUCAAUAGACCAAGGACUGCUACCGUAGUUGCAAAGACAAAGGUUCUUUUGGGAGUCUUAACCAGUGAGUCUCUUAACAUGGUCUUGCCAGAGUAUCCAUCGAUUGAGAGAAGAAUUAGAGAUGAAGCGCAAGAGAGAUUGGCCAUUUUGGAAAAGAAAAGUAGAUCAUCGAGAACCAAUUUGGCCAAUAUCAUGCCAAUUGGGAGUGGUGGUGCUAGUCCUUUACUCCGUGUGCCUUCACCGUUGAUUAAAGAAGUCUUUCCAGCCCCUAACCAUCCAGUUGUAAGUUUCAAUAGCAUGCCUGGUGCUAACAAGAAUUUUGGCGGCUUUUCGUUCCCGGCUGAAAACGGGGCAACUCCAAAUCCUAAUCCGAACGUAGGCUCAAACUUGAGGGCCAAUGUAUAUAAUGAAAGUCCACUUUUGCCAGUGAUUGAUUUGUCAAACGAGCUACCAACUUUAUCGCGUAGGAACAGCAAGAGUACACCACUAUCUAUUUCUUCAAUUUUAUCUCCGCUGACCCCUGCUCCUUCAAUCCCACCUAUCAAACAUUCGGACCAUGACAGCCAUUCUAGUUCUGAUCCAAAGACAACGGAUAAUGUUGAUUUUACAAUUUCUAUUCAGGAAUUCAUCAAAUCUUUGCCAAUUUUCCAAAAUCUCCCUUCAAAUAUCAUCCAUCAGCUUGCUCUUGGUGUGGAACCAUUAUCAUUUCAACCAUUUGAGUAUAUCUUUAGAAAGGAUGAUAUUGGUUCAGAUAUCUAUUUCAUUAUUAUUGGAGAAGUUGAAGUAAUCGACGUUCAUAAUUCUAAUGCAAACUACGAGAAGUGUCUCGCGAGAUUGGGAUAUGGAAGUUAUUUUGGAGAGAUGAGUUUCCUUCUGAGAUUGAAUAGCGAGAAUGCCAACGAUUGUGAUUCCAAGAUAGACGCAAGGAGAAGUGCAAAUAUUAGAACCAUUUCGAACUGUGAGUUGAUUGUCGUUAGGCAUGAUAAACUAGAAGAAAUCUGCAAAACUUAUCCAUUCCUAAUUGAGGAGAUGAGGAAAACUGCAGGCGAGAGAAACGCAUUAAACAUGAGCAAAACAGAUAGCCAUAGGCUAUCGAUUAAUUUUCUUAUGAAUGAUAUUGAUAUUCCUAAUUCGCCUAUUCUGUCAAUUGCCCUGGAAAGGGUACCGUUAUCUAGAGGGGCAAGUAAAAGGAAGAUUGAGACUACCCCUUUAGAAGAGGAAAAUGAUGAAACACAAACACAGAAACCUAUAAAUCUAUCAUUACCUCCACUUAACCCUCAAAUACCUUCGAUUAAUAAGUUUAGACCUCACGAAUCCCAACAUCAUCAUCAGGGUCAUCUCUUUAAGUAUUUGCCGCAUCACAAGAGAGCUAGAUUGGCUAGCAUUGGUGGGAUUGAAAAGCCAUCGAAAUUGCGUAAUUCAACUAUAUCAGAUUCGCUCUUGUUGAAGGUUUUCGAAUAUUUGACACUACCAGAGUUAAUGAGAGCAAGAAUUGUUUGUAGGAGAUGGAGGCAAUUACUUUACUUUGCUCCCAACUUAUUUCAGGUCUUAGAUUUAACAAAAUGGAACACUUCCAUAGAUGACAAAUCACUUAUUAAUAUCACUGAUUUCGUUGGAGCAAGACCAAAAAUAAUAGAUAUAUCCAAUUGUUUCCAUAUCACUGAUGAAGGAUUUUCUUAUAUGAUUAAUGAGGUUGGAAUCCUGGGACUGAUUAAAGUGUUGAGAAUGAGUUCUAUUUGGGAAGUUAGUGCAAUGGCAAUAAUGGAUUUGUCAGUGCCAAGUGUCGGGAAAUACUUGGAAGAAUUAGAUUUAUCAAAUUGCAGAAAAGUUAGAGAUAACGUCAUGGAAAGAUUAUUCGGAUGGAAUAAGAAUGUCAUGCCACCAAAGGAGCUACAUGGCCAUCACGGCCACCACGGACUCCAUGAGAGCGAUGAUAGUUUUGACUUGUCAAUUGGUUGCAAAAACUUGAAGAGAUUAAAUGUGGGAUAUUGUAAGCAUCUUACAGAUGGGAUUAUGUAUCACAUUUCCAUUCACGCAAGUGAAACUUUGGAAAUUUUAAAUCUUACUAGAUGCACCACAAUUACUGAUCGUGGCUUCAGUUAUUGGGCUUAUGUUCAAUUUCCCAAGCUCCGUGAAUUAUCCCUCAAAGAUUGCACAUUUUUGACUGAUCAAUCUAUAUCUUCCAUUGCAUCUGCUGCAAAGAAUCUAGAACACUUAAACUUAAACUUCUGCUGUGCAUUAAGUGAUGCAGCUAUUGAAGUCUUGUGUUUAGGAUGCCCGUUCUUGAGGACCUUAGAUUUAUCGUUCUGCGGAAGUGCAGUCAGUGAUGCCUCUUUGGUCAAGAUAUCUCUCCAUUUGAAGCAUUUGGAAAAAUUGGUGGUGAAAGGUUGCGUUAGAGUAACUAGAGCUGGAAUUGAUAGUAUCUUAUCCGGAUGUCUGUCUUUAUACUUCCUCGACGUCAGUCAAUGUAAGAACGCACAUAUAUACCCAGGUAAAAUACCUGCACAGAAAUUGAAUGUUAAUGCUCAAACCAAAUCAGCAUUCGUUACUGCGGGCCCAUAUCAAAAUGUCAUUGAAAUCGUUAUUUAA